AUGGGCAUGCAUGGAUCCAAGCUUCAUAAACAGGCACAGGUCCUGAUGCUGGGUCUGGACGGAUCAGGAAAGACCACCCUGCUCUAUAAGCUAAAGUACAACGAGAGCGUGGUGACUGUGCCAACUGUGGGCUUCAACGUGGAGACACUAGAGACCGACAGGAGCAGCCCGGGCCUGACGGUGUGGGACGUGGGGGGUCAGAAGAAGAUGAGGCCCCAUUGGAGGCAUCACUAUGCUGAUACAGCCGGACUGAUGUUUGUGGUGGACAGCUGGGAUCAGAAACGGCUGGAAGAGGCCCGCAAGGAACUGCAUCGGGUCCUUAAAUCUGAGAGUCUCAGAGGAGUUCCUCUCGUAGUCCUUGCCAACAAACAGGACCUCCAGGCAGCUUUAAGCCCAGAAGCGCUUUGCCAGACACUGGACUUGAGAAGAUUGUGCGAGGGCAGGUCCUGGUUCAUCCAGCCCUGUUCAGCUACCACCGGCAUGGGACUAGAGGAAGGUUUCAGGAGGAUAGUCUAUCUGAUGAAGACUCCAUUUAAACAGACUCAAGAAGACAUUAAGAUUAAAAUGAAGUCUAAGGGCUUCAGUCUCACAGCUGUGAAACAAGUUGUGCUCUGCAGCAGAUGA